AUGUCUAACUUCUUCAGGGAUAACAACAUUGUAUUCAAGCCAAGACGCAAUAUAUUUUCAAAAUUAAGAAACCCCAAGGAUGGGGAAUCCGAUGUGUCAAAUAGCUCGUCUAUCAUGGAUAAUCCAUUUUUUAAUAAAACCGAUGAUAGUAUGAAAAUAUCUACUCCAAAUGACAAGCAACCAAUUCCAAAGGACAUCAUGAGGAGCACCCCUACAUCAUCUCCUAUACGAAAUUUGAGAGUGGAAAAUAUGGAGCCGGAAGGAGAAGAAGAAGGAGAGUUAGAGAUAACAGAGGUGAGAGAAGUUACACUCCCAGCUUUGGAUCCGCUACUAAAAAACACAGGGAAAGAGGAAGAAUAUUCUGAAUUGGCAGCAAAUACCACUGUAAAUGCUUCUUCAAAUGAUGUUUUGUUAGAAGCUUUCACAAACACACAGAGAAUAUGUUCUAAAUUAAAACUCGAGCUUCAAAGGCAACAACAGAAGAAUGGCCAGCAAAAAGAACAAAUUGACCAAUAUAAGUCCGAGAUCAGUAACAUGUCGGACAAGAUCGGGAGCCAUAGAAAUCUACUUACACUUUUGGAGGAACAAAUGAAAGCUCUAAAACAGAAUAAAUCAGAGACAGAUAUUUUAAUAUCAGAGCUUUCUUCGAACUAUACAACUUUAAGCAAUAAAGUGAAAACAUCUACUGCUGAGUGUGAAUCGCUCAAAUCAACCCUUCACCAGCAGAAAAGCUACCAAAAAAAUCUUGAACUUACUAUUCAGCAAAAAAAAAAAGAAUUAGAUUACUUGAAGAAAGAAUUAGAUAAUUGCUCAGGUCAGUUAAGUGAAGAAAAGAUUAAAUAUAACGAGUUAUUGCAACAAAUAACAACAUCGAAAACAGAGAUAACAGCAACCUUCAGGGAGUUAUUUGCUAAAAAUGGAACAGAAGUGAUCACAAACAUUGAGGAUUUACAAAACAGAAUCUCUACCAGUACCUCGUCUAUUGAAGACAGAAUCAAAGAACAUAGUGUUGACAUUAAAAACACAUUAGUAGUUGAUUUCAAUACAAACAAAGAGUUUAUUCUGACAGAAUUGGACAAACAGAACAAUAUAUUCACGGAGUUGACUCUUGAAACUAAAGAGAUCAUUGGAAAUGAAACAAAGAAAAUGUUCAAAGGUUUCACAGAUGUGAAUACCGCACUUACGGAAAUGAAAUCUAUUUUCAAUAAGGCUUCAGAUCAAAGUGAAGAAUUAAUAAAAACAUCAUUUGACCUUAAUAAAAAGAGUCUAGAGGAAGCUGUAAGUGGUCUUGCCAGUGAUAUACAAAAUAUUCCCAAAAUUCUCUCUACAUUGGACCAAAAGAUAGCGUCGGCGGCUAAUUAUGAAAGUCAAAUCAAUAGUUUAAAAGAGCAACUACAGUCAGUUAUGCUUCAAAAGACUGAAGUUGUAUCACUUUUGAAAUCUAAAGAUCAUGAAAUUGAAGAAUUAAACACUAAGAUAUUCCUGAAGACUCACGAACUAGAUGAAUUGUCCUCAAAGGAUGAAAGACUUCAAAAUGAGUUAAUAACUGAAAAACGGUUACGUGAGUCUUCUGAGAAUGAUCUCUCCCAACUGAAAAAAGAGAGCGACGAAACUACUGCAUCUCUACAUAGCAAACUUUCAGCAAAAACUGAAAUCGCCUCUUUACUAGAAAAAGAGUUGGAAACAAGCAAACAGGAACUACAAACUGCAAAUAGAACCAACAAUCAGAUAAAUGAAGAACUGCAAGCAUUCAAAUCAAAGAUCGAUACCCUACAGCAACAAUUCCAGAAAGUUAAUGUUGAAUUGGUCCAGAGUAAAGCAAAGGAAUUAGAGCUAGAGGAAAUUAAUAGAAGUUUGAAGGAGCAAUUCGAUGAACUUGAAACGACUUCCAACCAGACAUCUGGUUCAGUAAUAAAACUCAAUGAUAAAAUACAUCAAUUAGAAAAGGACAAAAGCUCUUUGAACUUAGAGAAAUUGAGUUUAUUGGAUAAAAUUGAUGAGCUUGAGAAUAAACUAAAAGGUACAAAUAAUCAAAAACGAACUAGUGUGGUAUUUGAUCACCUAAAGCAAAAAAAUAAUGGGAAUAACACCAAAAGUAACGAAGAUGAUGCAUUUGCUCUUUCAAGCGAUGAUCUUGAGUUGACCAAUCCUGAGUUUUCUUUGAUAAAACCAAUUGAACCCUGUCGUAUGCCUUCUAAGCUAGUCAAAAGCUCAAGAAGAAAAAAGUUGCUCCUUUCGGACGACAUGGAAGAGUCCUCUAGGUUGAAAAGGAGCAAAAGAUUUAAGUAG